AGAAAAGAUAUUAUAUAAAUGUAUCAUAAGUUAUAAAUUGAACAUAUAUAUGUAAUACAAAGGUAAAAAUUUACAAAGCGGAGUAAUAUUAUAACGAUACUCGUUAAAUAGAGGAUAAUACCACAUAACUGAAUACGUUGCUAGUAUUACAUAGAUUGUACAGAAUAAUAGGUUAUAUUUCAUAUAUACGCAAAGUAGCAGAACAAUGCUAUUCCGGUUGAAAAAAUGUGUACUUCCUAUACAGAUGCGACAACUCGUAAUGUUUCACACGAAUAAUACAGCUCAAUUAAAAAUAAAAACGAUUUACCAUUUGAGAGAACCGAAAUACUCAAAUAUAAUAAAUCCAAGUCUUAAUGUACGUAGAUUACUACACUCUGAAAAUCAAAGCAGGUUGCCACCGUUAAUGUUUGGAUAUCCUAAGCAAUGGAAUUUUUUUGAAGCGAUGCAGCUUUAUUUCAUUUUGAAUUCAUCUAUUGACCCGGAGUUUCGUAUACAAGAUUUUAUAAUAGGAGCUCAUCAGGCGUUGAUAGCAAUAUCUACGGCUUUAAAUAUGCGAGACUAUGAAGCAUUAAAUGGUAUGGUAAAAGAAAAAGCUAUAAAAAUACUAAGGCACAGAGUUGAUCGCUUAACUCCAAGACAACGGGAGCUACUUCUUAUUGAUGAUGAAUCUCUUGUGUUUCUUCCUUAUUUCAUAAAAUUAAGAAGGAAUAAAGAUAACAAUGAUGCAGUCGUUCAUAUAGGAAUACAGGGAUUGUUUACGAAAAGUUUUUUGGAUAGAGAUUCAUAUGUGUAUAUUCAUUAUAUAUUUGAAAGGAUGUAUAAAAAUGGAGUAGGAAGCGAAUGGAUUGUAAGGCUAGUAAGUCAUACAUCAUUUUGGUAGAUUUUACCAUUAUAUAAUUAAAUAAUUAAAUAAAAUUUGUAUCCCAAUAUAAA